AUGUCUUCCGAGAAAAGCCUCGGCCACCUCGGGGAUCUCGGCAGACUUCCAAACGAGCUACUCUGGCAGAUCCUGGACCAAGUGGUCAUGGAUACUCCUAGACUCACCCAUGCAGGUAUGUGUGGAUUGUAUUCGCUGAUGAAGACAAACCAGGCUAACGGUAAAUUUAUCCAGGACGGUUACAUGACUGACGAAAGGAAGCAGCACAUACUCGUGGAGACCAACUCCCUGAGGUGCUAUGCUGAUCUCGACGACGCCACGGAUGCUCUCGGCCAGUCCGAACCUGAGUAUGUCGGGGGUGAACCAGGCGAGGAACCCGACCUUUUUACUGGCAUCAUCAGAGACGACUGUCUUGAAUGCUUCGGCGGGAUCCUUGGAUCUCUUCCCGAGUUUCCGAUGAUGUGCCACAAUGAGAAGGGUUGGUCGUUCUUUGCCGUUGCCGUUGAGGCCAGAACAACGAAAAUCCUUCAGCAGUGGCUGGGAGAACCAUGGGGGCGAGUCCGGAGACAGCAACGACGGCAACACCAGCAAGAAGAGGACCACCGAGGUAAAGGUACUUCUCCUGCUUGGCGGUUUGUGACAUCUGAAUUCCCUGCUCACACCAGAGAGUUCUUGUUUAGUAAACCCCACCCUGGGUCCCGUUGGACUAUGUCUAAUCUCGGAUUUGCUGCUGUUUUCAAGGAUGCUGACACUUUCACAGCUCUCUUUCAGUACUUGCAGAACACCAUGGACCCGACUACUUUCAAGAUGACCAUUGAGUCGAAAUUGACCGACAAUGUGAAGGGGGCCAUUCUUCAGUUUAUGACCCCUGCUCUUCAGAGCAUGUUGGACCAGGGUGGUAUUGUGAUCGAACUGCACCAGAGCUUUUACCACGGUUAG